AUGCUGGCGCGCGCAAUUGCAAAGCGCAGUCCAGUACUUCGUCGCUGUUUUUCCAGUGCACAAGCUUCUCGUGCUGACUUUACCCAUGCAGUCAUCGGCGCUGGCGUUGUUGGACUUGCAGUUGCACGACAGCUAGCUGCACAUGAAGGUACUUCGACAAUCAUCCUGGAGCGCCAUGAUGCACCGGGAACGGAGACAAGCAGUCGCAACUCUGAGGUCAUCCAUGCCGGCCUCUACUACCCCGCCGACUCCCUUAAAACCAAGCUCUGCAUCCGAGGCCGCAAUAUGAUGUAUGACCUAUGCUCGAAACACGACAUCCCCCACCGCAACACAAAGAAAUGGAUCGUCGCCCAAACGGAAGAACAAUGGGAAGCCUGUCUCAAGGUACACAAGCACGCGCAAUCCCUAAGCGACGCGCCGACUCGGCUCAUCGGCGCGGAGGAAGCGGCCCGUCGCGAACCAGACGUCAAAGCCGAUGCAGGCAUCGUCGAGAGCCCAACAACCGGCAUAGUGGAUAGUCAUGCGCUAAUGACCUAUCUACACGGAGACCUCGAGAACAAUGGCGGCGACUGCGCGUUCAAGACACGCGUGACGGACGUCGAGUACAUCUCCGGCGAAGGAUAUAAAAUCACCGCUGUGUCCGAUGAAGAUGGAUCGAUCACUUCCAUCACUGCGGAGACACUUAUAAACAGCGCUGGCCACGGCGCAUGCGCUAUCAACAACCUUCUUCUUCCGCCGGACCGCCACCGCACCCCAGCCUACGCAAAGGGUACAUAUUUCUCCUACGCCGCGUCUCGUCCACGUACUUCGGUCCUGGUAUACCCUGCUACGUUACCCGGGCACGGUGGCCUGGGCACCCAUCUCACAUUGGAUAUGGGGGGUCGAAUUCGUUUCGGACCAGACGUAGAGUGGGUAGACGACCCCAAUGAUCUGAAGCCUAGUCCUGCGCGUUUGGAGCAGGCGAUCCCGGAGAUUCUGUCUUAUAUGCCUGGCGUGGACCCCUCAGCCAUUACAUUAGAUUACUGUGGUAUCCGACCUAAAUUGAGUCGUGGUGGUGGAGUGAAUAUGGGGAAAUCAUUCCAGGAUUUUGUUAUCCAGGAAGAGGAGGGAUUCCCCGGCUUUGUCAAUCUGUUGGGCAUCGAGAGUCCUGGAUUAACGAGCUCAUUGGCUAUUGGAGAGAUGGUUGAUGGGAUAUUAUAUCGGUAA